AUGUCUCUCCUGUCCUUAACCAACCCUCCCGGCUGGAGCGUGUGCUCUGCUCUCUGUAUCCUCAUCGUGUUGCUCCCAGAGGCCAAAGCAGACAACCUGAACACUACCACUAAGCGCAAUGGUGGAGGAUCCCAGUGUGGGGAGUACACAAACCAGGUGAUGGAGGAUGGGAUGUGUCGGCUGGUGGCCACACUGCCUCAGCUGGACGAGCAGAAAUGCCCGGAUAUGUUUCGCUGCACGGAUGAGGUUUCCUACUGGCUGCACGAGAACGAGGAGAGGAAGCAGCAGAUCGCGGCGCUGAAGGAGACCAUCUCUGAGCUGCAGGAGGAGCUGAGGAACCACCGGCACCGCAUCAGAGUCCUCGAGCUGCAGAGGGAAGAGAGGAACCACGGAAAUACCUCCUUGGAGCAGCGGUUUCAUGAGUUGGAGCAUCACUACGCUGAAGCCACCACCCUGCUGCACCUUCAGGGCACCCUGAUCCUAGACCUCCAGAACCACCUCCAUAACCUGACUCUCUUGGUGGAUAAAGUAAAAAGAAGCCCCGGGUGUUUGAUGAACGUCCUCCAUCCCAACCCGCUGAUGAGUGCUCAAGAAGCUCCGCACUCAGAGCAUGUGAGGAACUGUCCCAUAGACUGCGCUUCCAUCUACUACAAUGGAGUGAGGAGAUCGGGUCUCUACACAGUGGUGCCAUCACUGGUCGGCGUGCCUGUGGAGGUCUACUGUGAUAUGGAUACAGAUGGUGGUGGCUGGACUGUGAUCCAGCGGCGUGCUGACGGCUCGUUGAGCUUCGACCGCAGCUGGAGGGACUACCGGGACGGUUUUGGGGACCUGCACUCGGAGUUCUGGCUGGGCAACAAUCACAUCCAUGACCUGAGCACCCAGGGAGACUACAGCCUCCGCAUCGACCUCGAGGACUGGACCAACAAGCACAAACAUGCCCUCUACCAGACCUUCAGUGUGGAAGACGAGGAGCAUCUGUACCGUCUCCAUGUGUCCGGCUUCAGUGGCACAGCGCAGGACUCUUUCAGCUGGUACCACGACAAGCAGGGCUUCAGCACUCCAGACAGUGGCAACAUCUGCGCCGAGAUCUCCCACGGCGGAUGGUGGUACAAUCAGUGCUUCUACGCCAACCUCAACGGCGUCUACUACAGGGGAGGCCAUUACACCCCUAAAGGCCGGGGGCCGCUGGGUCCUGAUGGGAUCGUUUGGUACUCCUGGAGAGACUCUGACUAUUACUCCCUGCGCAAAGUCAGCAUGAUGAUCCGACCGCGCACUUUCCGAACCCGUUUGUCACCGUGACUAACUGUCACCCUGACGACGGUUAGCACACAGGAACAAUCCCAGCUGUGGGGCUCACAUGGGGGAUAUCUCGGGGACACCGCAGUCAUGAUGACAUCCAGUGAUGUUUUUAUUGACAGAGCUCAUCAAGAAGGAACUGAAUGUCACUUAUGUCAACAACAACGGUUCUCUCUCCUGCUAUUUUUGAACCACUGCACGUGCAAAUGACUGGUAUGCUGGAUAUUCUCAAAAAUGUGGACAUUUUCUGCUGCAUAUUUUUUGGAAAACACAAACUUUAUACUGUGGAGUUCUUUUUGGGACAUGAACAUUUUUCAUUCAGUCACAGAGGAAGCAAGUGCUUCCAUUUUUUUUCUACUUCUGUUUUGUACUUUUAGUUUAAUACCUCGACUCUUGACACACUAUUAGCAAACCAGCCAAAAAAAACAGGACGUUUGUGAUGUGUUGACAGACGAGUUAAGGGGCUCUCAGAGGAGGCAUGUGCAACUGGCAGGAAGAUCACAUGAAACUUGAAGUUUAUUGAAUCAUCUGCAUAUUGUGUGUGCUUAUUGCAUAUUUAUGAUUACUGUAAUAUCCAAUUUCAUUCAUUUUGAAUUGCAGCCAACUAUGAGUUUAUUCGAUUGUGUAAAAUCUUUGUUGAAAUAAAAAGGGUUUUAAAACUAAAACAUCAGAAGACUGUAUUGUAUUAGAUAUAAUAACCCUUUUAUUUGAUAAGUGCUACUGUCUCACAGUAUAGGAUAUGGCAGAGAUGUGCUAUAUCAGGACUGUGUAUACAUGCUGUAUGGAUUGUACAAUAAACAUUAUAUACACAAAAGUUGACACUGAAUGACACUAUUUCAUAUAAAAAGACAAGUUCUGAAAGAGCACUCUGCUGAAGAACAUUUCUGACAGGUGGAAAUAGGAGAUAACAGAACACACUACUGUUUAUCUGCAGCAUCCAGUAAGUGUUACUUAUAUUCAAAUUACUUCACGCAUGGGUUUCCACAGACCUCUAGUCUGAGUCAAUAUAGCAAGUAAGUGUUGACCCCAGAAAAAAAGAGCUGCAGGUUCACAUUUUCAACAACCUUAAACAAAUUACAAAUGUUUUACAUUGAUUUUACAGACUUGAGAGUGAGAGUAUUUAUAACUGCAACAUAAUCUUUUAAAACUAAAACAAGUGCUCCAAUGAAACCCUAAAGAUACUAUACCACGUACACUCAAAAAUAACAAGAAUGCAUGUACUGUCUGGUGUAUAAGAUCUGUACUUUAUGUUCCCUACACAUCCAGCUGCAACUAAUGGGGCCCGAGAGCUGAACGUGGGGUAAAAGGGCUCUUUCACUUCCUCCACUACACAACUGCACAAACACACUCUUUGACCGUUCGCACAGGCUGCUGACUCAUUCUCAUUCCCGUCCAUCUCCACACAAGAAUCUGCAGAAGUGAAUAAGGGCUUUACUGUGAGU